CGAACCUUGGUCGAUGUAGGACGGUAGCGGCGCUCCGUCAAUCUCUGGAAACCAUUAAAAAGUUAACGGAUUUUUCUUUUUUCUUUAAACUGUCGCGAUGUUCGGUAAGCAGUAACCUGCGGACGAGCCCUUCUCUGUGAAUUUUUCAGUGGACUGUUCAACGAAGUGCGGUUCGUAUGGUGAUGUCAGAGCAAGGUGGACUGGCAAUGCACCAGUUACCAAUGCAUCACCGGGGGUUGGUCCAGCCUAGUCUGGUAAUGAACCCCCAUCCCCUGAACGAUUCCUGUUCCCUGGACUCGCAAAACAAAAAAACUCGUCGAACUAGUAGAUGCGUGGGUUGCGGGAGCCAAAUCCACGACCAGUACAUCUUGAGGGUGGCUCCGGACCUAGAGUGGCACGCGGCCUGUCUCAAGUGUCAGGAGUGCCAGAGGUUUCUGGACGAGUCGUGUACGUGUUUUGUGAGAGACGGGAAGACCUACUGCAAAGUAGAUUACGUCAGGCUGUUCGGCACGAAGUGCGACAAGUGCGGCCUGUCCUUCAGCAAGAGCGACUUCGUGAUGCGCGCCAAGAGCAAGAUCUACCACAUCGAGUGCUUCCGGUGCCGCGCAUGCGCCAGACAGCUGGUGCCCGGCGACGAAUUCGCGCUGCGCGACGGCGGCGUCCUCUACUGCAAGGAGGACCACGACGCCAUGGAGAAGACGGCGGCGUCGGCGCCCGCGACGCCGCAUCCCGCCGGCGAGAGCAACAACAACACCAGCCUGAGCAACAACAACCACAACAGCAACAACUCGGCGGAGCUGGGGUGUAUGUCCGAUUCCGGUUCGGAGAGCGGCUCGCACAAGGGCGGCAGCGGCGGCGGACAUCGCAAGGGUGGCGGAGGCGGGGGCGGCGGCAGCGACGGUAAGCCGACGCGCGUGCGCACCGUCCUCAACGAGAAGCAGCUGCACACGUUACGCACCUGCUAUGCGGCCAACCCGCGUCCCGACGCCCUCAUGAAGGAGCAGCUGGUCGAGAUGACGGCGUUGAGUCCGCGGGUGAUCAGGGUCUGGUUCCAGAAUAAACGGUGCAAAGAUAAGAAGAAGACGAUUUUGAUGAAGCAGCAGAUGCAGCAGGAGAAGUAUUACACGCAGGACGGCAGGAAGAUGGGGUACGGCUCGAUGCAGGGCAUCCCCAUGGUGGCGUCGUCGCCCGUGCGGCACGACUCGCCGCUGGGCGUGCACCCGUUGGAGGUGCAGGCGUACCAACCCCCUUGGAAGGCGCUGAGCGACUAUGCGCUGCACGCCGACCUCGACCAGCCGCACCAGCCGGCCUUCCAGCAGCUCGUCAACCAGAUGCAUGGCUACGACCUGCCGCCGCCCUCGAUCCCGCCCGGCGCGGGCCACCCCGGCCUGCUGCCGCCCGCCGACGCGAUGGCCCACCCCGACAGCACCGACAGCUACGUCACGUACCUCGAGAGCGACGAGAGCAUGCCGGCCAGCCCCUAGCGGGCAACGGCCGCGGCCGGCGAAUAGCGCCGCCAGGAGGCGCUGAUGGCGUGCUGGGGAGCGAUGGUGCUGCAGAGGCUCGCAAGCUGCGCCCUGAACUGUAACCGCUAGAGGAGGGCGACUCGACUAGGCACGUUUUGCUAUGCAUGCAACUUGAUGCAUCGCCACGCACAGAAUCGGCGUGCUGGGGACCAGUGAUGCUGCAGAGGUUAACUAUACCUACUAACAAUUCCGGGGUGCGGCGCUGUGUCGGCCUCCUCGCCGAGGUACUGAGCUGGUGGUCUCGCGCCUCCCGAGGUAUCGAGUUGAGUUGCAGAGCUUGGGAUCAGUUUUCAUGCAUACGAAUGAGCCCGUUUCAUCAUUACUAUAGUGUUAUUUGAUUUGAUUUAGAAUACUCUGUAUUUUCAUAUUUUUGAAAUCUUGUAUUUAUGAUGAUUUUGGCACUUGGUUCUUCUUCUCUUCAUACCUCGGUGCAGACAAUAAAGUUCGAGUAGCACACGUGAAAACUCAAACUCAAUUGUCUCUACAGGAGUAUGUAGUAAUUAUUUUUCCCACAAGUCAAUUGUUUUCUGGCAUUCUGUUGUCACGAACUACUACCAAAUCACCUAAAUUCAAGAGAUAACCAUCUCCAUACCAUUUGGUUUGCUUCGUUAAAGUGGGUAGGUAUUCAGGAAUCCACCGGUGCCAAUAAUGAUCCGGCUCGAAGGACCAUAAAUGAUCAGUUAUUAUUCGUCGAGAAACUCGUCUAUUCCUUGAAUAUUAAUUAUAGUCUUACUGGCUUCACAAAUAUGUCACUUUAUUGGUAACUGCCAAAAUCCUUAUAAAUACAAAGAGAUUUCUAAAAUAUAAAAAUGCAUAGUAUUGUGGAUAAAAUUAAAUAACACAACUAUAGGUAGAAUUUGAACACGUGAACCUAAAUUAACAUACCCAAUCCAAUCUGAGACAGUUUCCAAUUUGUGCCACCAAACGAGAGAGAGAGAGAGAAAAAAGUUCACUCCUCUUCGGUGCUACUAACGUAAAGAUCUUGAAAAUUGAUCAAUUUGUUUUCUAUGCGUAUUCUCCAACGGAGGGGUUGACCCUAAUCCUCAUCGCGGAGUAAAAUAAUAUCGCUGAAUACCUCAAAUCUUCGAGACAAAAAUUGAUACAGACAGUUGAAAAUUAAUGUUUGCAUCGUGGAAUUGUUGAAGGUUUCUACACUAAAGAGAACAUUCGUUUAUGCAUGAAAACUUAGCCUAUUCAAUGUUUUGAUUUGAAUCCAACGGAGGGGUUGACUUGGCCAGACUUGAUUGAAAUGAAAAUGUGCAAUGUUCUUCUCAUCGCAAAGAUUAUAAAAAUGCUGAAGAUGAGCGGAUAUCGUAGGCAAACAAGCAACGUAUCGGUAGGUUGGUAGAACUGAAGGACAUUUUUAUAAGAAUGGCUUAAUCCCUACACUGCAUUAUUGCCACUUACAAGGCAACACGGUGACGUCAGCUGAAAUUUAAUAUGCUAUGAAUAUGUUGAGUUGUCUGUAAAAUUCUAUAAUGACAAGAGGCUGAGCCAACGCGCUGACGUCAAAGAUGCAAUAAAUUCAGUGGUGAGUCAUUCUUACCAGUUACAGUUGAAUAUCCUUUGUUGAAACUGAUGAUUAAUCAUUCUACAUUCUACCAACCUUGCAUGGCUAUUAUCAAUGAGAGCUAGUAAAGAUAUCUGAAACACUCGUUUUCUCUAUAUACCUGAAUUCAUCACACAUUCCGUUGGGAAUUUCAGGAAGUGGCACUUAUUGUCACUAGUUAUGAAUGCUAGGAAUAGGUUACCUACCUACUCAAAAAACUACAAUAUUUAAAAAUUAAUUAAUACCACACCUAUGUGUUUAGCAAAUAUUGCCCUAUCCAGUAAACCCUGAGAGUAUACUUAUAGAGAUUACUGCACUUUUGAUCUAUUUUCGUUUGCUCAACUUACUGAACUCUUGAUAUUUUUUCUAUAACUAUCUCCGUUAACGUGAUGCGAUGAACAAAAUAACCAUAGAAAAAAGCUUGUAAAAUGAAAAUUCAAUCAACUUUAGCAGGUUAGGUAACACUAACCAACAGACUUGCAGUUAUGCGUUCAGUUUUUAUUCGGUCGUUCGAAUAGACGAAGACGAGACGAGACUGAGAGACGAUCGCGAUACCAAUACAAGUUCGAUUUUCGCAGUAACGAUACUGGCGAGCUCAGGUAUUCGAAUACAACCGAGUACUUUAGAGAAUCGAAUACUUACCUAUUCUCGAGUAUCCCAUUACUAAGAUAUGUUUUUCAUUCAAAAACUAAUGCUUUUAUAUAUUUUUUAUUCUUCAGAAUAAACUCAAAUGUCAGCUAUACAAAUUCAUAAUUGGUUCGUCACUAAAGUCUGAAAUCAAUCUCAAAUAUUUGUAUUUGGCGGGUUUACAAGGAUAGAGCGGGCUCUGCCAUCGCGCCAUCUACUUUUUACUCAUAUUUUCAUACAGGCAAUAUCUCAGUUAUGCUGCUUGAAAAAAAAUCAAAAAUCAAACUUUUGUCAAACAUGUAUGACAUUGAAGUCAUUGUGUCGAAGUCAACUCCUGUCAAGUUACCCCUGAGAAGUCACCUCCAACUUCAAAUAUUCAAGUUAGACACUAUAAAUUUUUUGUUGAUUUGUGUAGUGCAAUCAAUUCUAGCUUCAACGACGUAUCACACUCGAUAAUUUGACUGAUGUCCAAUUGACAGAAAACUGAUUUGAGGUAAACCAUAGAUCUAAAUGGGUAAAUGUUAGAGGCAUUGUCUUAGUUGGAUGUUCACUAGAUACAAACUGACUAAAGAAGUGUGCACGAAAAACUGUACGGAAAAACUACUGAAA